AUGUCAAGCUCUUAUUUUCUGCUGGCCUUGUACUUGUCCAUGGUGGCCAUGUCCAUCUUUCACCCCAGAGCGGGUGCAAUAGGCGACCACCGCUUACGUUGGGUGCCCAUGACAACAACACCCUGCCAAGGCUCCAUAGAAGAGUGCUUAACAUAUGGUGAGCUUGGGAUGGAGUCAGAGUCCCACCGGCGCAUCCUAGCAACUUCACAGUAUAUAAGCUACAAAUCACUGCAGCGAAACACAGUGCCAUGUUCUCUGAGGGGUGCAUCCUACUACAACUGCAAGUCAGGUGCUGAUGCUAAUCCUUACACCCGUGGCUGCACCACCAUCACCCGUUGCCGUACUACUUAG